AUGGAGAUCCAGCAGGAAAUCGCGGCUAUCAGGCCACUACGAGGAGAAGUGAUUCCUAUCAGGACAGUCCAAGAGACCCGGCCACCGGAGGAAUUUGCGGAUGCAUUUGCCGCCGAGGUCAAUGUGAAAGCAGCCUCGAAGGUAGUCAAGGCGCUUGAUGCAGCCUUCCCUCGUGAUUCCAACCUCUCUCUCGGCCAUUUGCGACGGUUCGUGAAGCAGGACAUGCUCCCUGGGCCACUCAAAGCAGCAAUUGAAAAAGAUGGAUCGUUCUCGAAGAAUCCGAGUAAAACAAUCUUUGUCUUGAUUUCACCUCCGGUCCCUGACCUUGACAAGGUGCAAGAGGUUCUCGCCCCAUUCGCUCCUCUCUCUUCACCUCCCGCCAGAAAAUCCCCUUCAGUCAGAAAUUCACCCCCUGGCAUGUCUCCUGAGCCUGGGCUCCCGAAGAUCAAGCUUAUUCCUACCCGUGUCCCUACUGUGCCCCCAUUUAACAUCACGCAAGCCGAGAGAUGGACCAACAAUCUGUGGCCUGUCGUCUUCAACGCCGCUGCCCCACGAUCCACAAUCGCACCUCCUCCUCAGAUCCUGAGUCAAGCUCAUGAGCAUAUCAGCAAACAAGCAGGAUAUUACAUCGCCCUUGCGCGUAAGAUCGGCGAAGAGGCGGAGCAAUCUGGCCGUGGUCGUGGCGUCGGCGCAGUGAUCGUCGACCCUGCCAUUGAACAUCACAUUGACGCCAUCUCAUGGGGCCUAGACUGGAACCCCCGAGACCGAUGGAUGGAGGCAGUCAUCGCUGUAGCAGGUGACGCUAGGUACGCUCGUGGCGAGGCGGGUGCUCCAUCCCUGGCUGAAGUUCACUCCGGCGUCGCGCCUAACCCGGCCAGCACAACAUUUAACCCUGAUUGGGAGGGUGGACCUGAUCUCCAUGCCCUGAUGCGUGCUACCGAGCUUGUCGCCCGCCGUCGUCGGGAGGAUGCGGUCCACCAAGCUGAUAUGGCGAACCAUACUCCCCCAGCCAUCAUUGCGACGGACCCUCAGUUGUCUUCCCAGCUCAGUCCUCUCGAGUCUUUCUUCCUGUAUGAUGCCGAGACGCCAUCUUCGUAUCCUCCUGACUACCCUCUUGACGAUCUCCCUGUCGAUCCUCCUUCUUCGCCUAAGAAGCGCAAGCAUGAGGAACCGAACCCUGAGUCUCGGUCUACACUUGCAGAGGUUGAAGUCAACAGCCCUUCUUCUACUACAUCUACCCCCUUCGCACCUCUCCCUGCCCCUCCUCCCUCUUCCACCUCUCGUGCCGAGCCCAUCGCGGCGGAGUGCUCCACCUCAGACUGCGUUGACCCCUUCACUGGCUGCAUUGCCCCCUCGCGCCGCAUUCUCUCCCGUGCCCAAGGCGGCUAUCUCUGCACCGAUCUCGAUGUCUACCUAUCCCAUGAGCCAUGCCUCUGCUGCUCCAUGGGCAUUCUUCUUUCUCGCUUCAGAGCUGUCAUUUUCCCUCGCUCAGGUCGGAUGGUGAGCGGCGGUCUCUGCUCUGAGGCUGCGGGUCCUCCUGCUGAUGGAGAUGGCGAUGGAUCUGCUGAACACAAAGAUGAUGACCAUCAAGCUACCCGCGACGCGACGGCUGAUUUCCAAGGCUCCACCGACCAGGCUGCUGUUACCAAUGUUGCCCCGGCAGAUGAUCGUCUGUAUUACGGACUUCACUGGCGUAAGGAGCUCAACUGGCGCGCCCUGGGCUUUGAGUUUGUGGAGGAGACUGAUGGUGUUGAUGGAAGUAAUGGCGUGGCUUUCCACGCUUAG